AUGACCUCCAAACCGGGCUCGAGAUGGAAUUUCCUGCAGCAGGCCGUCGCCUCAGUCGAGUCGAGACUGGAUGACAUCCUCGCCGAAGAGGGCGAUCGUCCAAAGCGACCACACACCCCAGCCCACACCAAGAAACCUUCCUCCGAUUUGUCUAGAAGCAGCAGCACUGCCUCCGCCUCCAAUGAUCGACUCCAGGAACGGCUCGCUCGGGCGAUGGCGAAGAAAAGUCUCAGUCGUACGGAAAGUCCAAUUCCUUCCCAAGAACAAUCGUCGAGGCCAGGUUCGCGAGGAGGUGAUGCGCCGACUUCGGUGUCAGACAUGGCAAAAGUGGCAGAUCCGUCUCCGUCGGAGUGCGACCAGACAAAUCAUGAGCUACGAAAUUCUAGUGAUAUGGGCGAGAACAUGAGGCAGGAAGCGGGGAGUGACAAAGCAAUAUCAGUGACCGCGCCCACGGACGAGCCAGAACGACAUAGAAUGGCUACCGCGCUUGUGGAACACCCACAUAUGGAUUCAGCACGGCCUUCAGCAGAAAUACUGAGAGAUGAUCAGACUGUGUCGAGCAGGAUGUCUGAAGAAGUGCAGCGAACCAGUGAGGACGAUGGAUCAAAGCCCGCUAAGGACGAGGCGGUGGAAAUGCAGGAAGAAAUGAAUACGUACCUCGAACGUGUCGAUGCACUCCGAAGAAAUCUUGAGAGAUUAGGACAAGAAGUCGCCGAAUCAGCUCAAAAGGCAGCCGACUCUGCGAGACAAGCAGCUUCUUCGGCAGAGGCAGGAAGUCUUGAGCAGAAGAUCUCUCGAAAGGAUGAGGAGAUAGCUCUCCUGAUAGAAGAAGGCACCAGAUGGUCAAAGACGGAAAUGGAUCUUCGAAGCAUGCUGAAGAAAGUUCGAUCUCAAGCGCUGACCAAUGCCAAAGAACAAGAAGCUGCAAGACUACGCGCAGACCGAGCUGAACGUGCGCUGAGAGCUAUGGAGGACCGAGCCAGAAAAGCUGAAGCUGCGAGCAAGCGUGUAGAGCAAACUCUCGCUACACAUGCGAUCGCGGCAAAGGACCUUGAAGCAAUGCGGAAAGAGCGAGAUGCAUUGAACGCCACAGUAGCGGAAAUGAGAUCACAACUGUCCAAAGCCACGUCGCGGGCUGAGGCCGCCGAGAGCAAAGUGCAAUCCGAACAGUUGGAGAAGGAAAGGCGGAAAAUCGUCGAGCUGCAAGACGAUUUGACUGUUGCCAAAGUCGAGCGUGAAAUAUCGGAGGAGAAACUACGGAAGGAGAUCCAAGCCUUACGACACGACCUGGAGAAGCAGAAAGAGCAAACGCGCAUCAUGGAGAGCGAGAUGUUGAAUGAGCAAGCCGCCCUGGAAAGCAAGCUCGAGGCUUUCCGUGUUCGAGCUGAAGAGGCAACCUCAGCAGACCACGGCCAUGCCCAAGCCAAACUUCUCCGGCAAAUCGAAAUAUUACAGACUCAAUAUACCACUGCGAGCCAGAACUGGCAAGGGAUCGAGAGUUCCCUUGUGGGUCGGAUCACGGCCUUGGAAAAAGAGCGUGAUGAGGUUGUGGCAAGAGAGGCAGAGCUGCGGAAGAAAUUACGAGAUGCGACGCUGAAGUUGAAAAAUGCGGAGAGGGAGCUGGCUAGCACUCAAAGCAACUAUGCGGACAUGGAUAAGUCAAUGGCGGAUGCAAUCGAGGAAACACGGCGACUGCAACGAAAAGUAAGUCAGCUUGAGGCGGACUUGGCCCACGCUUCCAACGAGCUUGAGGAGCAGAAGGCGAAUUCGGAGAAGGAACUGCAACGGAGGAUUGACGAGGAGAAAGCGAAAUGGACCGCAGCUUUGCAUAUCCAACGCACCGAUUCUCCAGCGGCGUCAAUCCGCAAAAACUCGGGCCUGGGAUUCGACAUCAAUCAUCUCAUGAGCCCGACUCAGUAUGAACGGGGCAGCAGUCGGCGACCUUCCAUCAUGCCCAACACCUUCGACGCGAACACUCCGCCUCGUCAACACUCUACGACAUCUUUCCGUGGUCUGGCAAACGGCUCCGUUGUAGAGACGCCGUCGGUGGUGACGUCGAUGGAUGCAGACGAGUAUUUUGCGAAUGUUCCACCCACGCCCAUGACCACCAGCCACCACUCACAGCGCGGAGGCUUGAACGACCUCAUCUCGACCUCAACCGUUGGCGCUGGCCCUUCUGUGCAAUUGGUCGAACGGAUGUCGGCCAACGUUCGUCGACUCGAGAGCGAAAAGGCCGCCUCGAAAGACGAGCUGGCCCGCCUCACCACCCAGCGCGACGAGGCCAGGCAGGAAGUCGUCAGCCUGAUGCGCGAGGUCGAGGCGAAGCGGAAGAUCGAGGAACGGCUGGAAGCGCUCGAGAAGGAGCAUGCCAGUCUCAGUGCAAGACACCAGACCACACUAGAGUUGCUGGGGGAGAAGAGCGAGCAGGUAGAAGAGCUGAAGGCCGAUAUCGUGGAUGUCAAGCAGAUGUAUCGACAGUUGGCGGAUACGAUGAAAUGA